AUUUUUUCUUCUUGUUGGAGAAACUAUAUGAUUAAAUAAUUUUGUAUAGAAAUAUGAUUUGUAUAAUUUUGUAUCAUUCGAAAAAAUGUGCAUGAGUUUUAUUUAUACAGCUGAACAAGUAGUAAUAUUUAUCACUAAACAGUAGUAAUUAAUUUUUGUUUUUGGUUUGUGAAAAAGCAAACUAUUUGAGGGGGUUUUAUUGGGCUGUUUUGGUAGACAAGUUAGAUUGGAGUGAGUGAAUCUAAGUUAGAUACCGCUGAACGAAAGACACACAGAAAGCGAGUACAACGUUAGUACUUUUUACUGAAAGCGUUGAACAUUGCAGUUUCGUUUCUCUCUGUUUUUUUUAUUUUAAAAAAACUAUAAUGUCGACGACCAUAGAAAAUGACCAGAUAAUCGAAGAAUCAAACUGUUCAGAAACAGAACCACGGGAAGAAAAAAACAACGAUGAAGAAGAAGAAGAAGAAGAUUUAAAGAAGCUUCUACUCCCUGAUCCGCAGAAUCUUCCUCUCACUCCUCCUUCUGCCGUUGAAACCAAUUUUGUUACUUACUUCGCUCUAGAUUUUACUAAGCCAGGACACGAUCAAUACAUUUACCGCCACGCCAAUGGAUUGUGUGUUAUUGGCUUGGCUCCUUCACACAUUGCUUUUAAGGAUGAAGGUGGAAUCACAGCCAUAGAUUUUAAUGUUGGAAAGUCUGAUCGCAGCGGGGUCAAGGUCACCGGAAAGCGGAAGAAGAAUGCACAACACUUUGAGUCCAAUACGGCUUUAUGUAAAGUUUCUACCAAAAAUGAUUCUUAUAUUGUGAGGUGUUGUGUCAAAGGUUCCCUUUUGGAAGUGAAUCCACAAUUAAUCACGCACCCAGAACUGCUUAAUGUUUCGGCUGACAGAGAAGGAUACAUUGCUAUUAUGAUGCCAAAACCAGCUGAUUGGCUCAAGGUCAAAGCUUCCCUUGUUAGCCUUCAGGAGUACAAGAAAAUGAGGGAAGUCAGUUGUGAUAUAAAGAAUGCAGUGCCUUGUGACGAUGACACCUUAAAAGAGACAUCAUAAGAAGCACAGUGCUACAUUGAAGUGGUUGCAAGAUUCCCCGAGAUAUGCUUCGUUUACUAGUGCCUAACGGGUCCCAAAUGCUACAAACUGGCGAAUUUGCAAAAAACUUUGGUGCAGUUGUGAGCCACGUGGAAUUGGCACAUGUCAUGUAGCCGGAUCGUAUUAAAUUAUUGAAAAUCUCAAACUCAUGCAACUAAGAAUCUGGUGACAUUGGAGUUUUUGUGAAACCAUUCUCUAGGAUUUUUUUAUUUUAUUUUUUGGUUUGUUGUAUUUUAUUAUUAUCAUUUUUCUAAACUUGAAUCUUUUAAACAAUUCAAGUAAUAGAUGGUGGCCUUUUGGUCAUUUUCUCAGACUUUUUAACCGAUCGAAGGUGAAAAUAAAUAUUGGCCUGUUGGUCCUUA